AAGCUCAAGGAGAUGUCAUCAGGCUUUUACAGCCUGAAUGAUUCUGUGAUUCUAAACCAUCAGGUAGGAAUGCACGGGGCUGAUGGACAUGAACCAGCGAGCUCUGAACGCUGCUGUCUCCCGGCAACAGAGCCUAGGGCGUCUAUGGCAUAAGGGCUCUCACAGCUCCCGUGCCCCGAAUACCAGCGGAGUAAAUCGAGUCUGAGACAGAGUUCCGAAAUCAGAGCAGUCGCUCCUGCUCUGCUCGAGCACACACCAUGACACUCCUCCCGCCCAGCACGGGCAUCAGGCCAAACUCCCCUGGGUGCUGGGGGAGCGGUGGAUCUCUGCCGGGCUUUCUGUCUCAAUCCGUGCAGUAAUCCAGCACCAGGGAGCAGAGGGGAGCCUCUUGCAGAUUUAAUUUUGCCAGGCAGGUGGAGGCUUGACAUCGCAGCCCAUCUCAACAGCUGCUGGUGCCAAAAGGAACCCAGGAACAGUGACUGAGGAGUCACCUGAAAGACUCCUGCAGCAGUGGCACCCUCUACCAGAGCAAAUCAGGCACACUGGAAUCAAAUGCUGAGAGAAAAUGUUUGCAGCCUAUUUUGAUUGCCCAGGAGGCCCAGAAAAUCUCUAUAUGAAAGAAGUGAUGAAACCAAGUCCAGGACAAGGAGAAGUUCUUGUGAAGGUCUCUGCCAGUGCUCUGAAUAGGGCAGAUUUACUCCAGAGGAGAGGGAAGUAUCCUCCCCCGGAAGGAGCAAGUGAUAUUUUAGGCUUAGAAGCAGCUGGGAGUGUGGCUGGGCUGGGCCCUGGCUGCAGGGGCCGGUGGAAGAUCGGCGAUGCAGUGAUGGCUCUGCUCUCCGGAGGAGGUCAGGCACAGUACGUUACAGUUCCUGAGGGCCACCUGAUGCCAAUCCCCAAAGAUAUGACUUUUAUCCAGGCUGCAGCCAUUCCCGAAGCCUGGUUAACAGCAUUUCAGCUGCUGCAUUUUGUAGGUAAAAUACAGGAGGGUGAGACAGUGCUGAUCCAUGCUGGAGCCAGCGGAGUUGGCAUGGCAGCCAUUCAGCUGGUGAGACUGGCAAAAGCAAUUCCCAUCGUGACAGCAGGAACUGAAGAGAAACUGAAAGCAACAGCAAAGGCCGGAGCAGCUGCAGGGUUCAACUACAAGAAUGAAGAUUUUAGUGAAAAAGUCUUGGAGUUCACCCAAGGUUCUGGAGUGGAUAUUAUUUUAGAUUGUGUUGGUGGCUCAUACUGGGAGAAGAAUCUCAACUGUCUGAGUACUGAUGGCCGGUGGAUUAUUUAUGGACUACUGAGUGGAGGUGAAGUCCAUGGGGAUUUGCUAGCAAGGCUGCUCUCCAAAAGAGCCAGCAUCCACACGAGUCUAUUACGGUCACGAGACAAGGAGUAUAAGGAGCGGCUGGUGAGAGCCUUCACAGAGGACGCGCUGCCCUAUUUUUCCGGAGGGGCUUCCCCGCGUCUCCAGCCGCUCGUGGACAGCGUUUACCCCCUGCACAAGAUCGCAGAGGCACACAGGGUUAUGGAGGAAAACAAGAACACCGGCAAAAUCGUCAUCGAAGUGCCCGUUUGCUUCAAGAAAGGGCCCCUGCUGUAGCUGUGCUGUGUGACAGGGUCACCGCGGGUGUUGGACUGCAGAGGUCCUGCCGCUUUCUGCUCCAAACCGGGAUCGCUUAUUGUGGGCGGUGAGGAGGGGCAGAGGAUUACGAGAGGCGUUUAUUGAAAAGGUGGCGAGGAGGGGUAAAGGAUAACGGGAGGCGUUUAUUAAAAAGAGGUUCGUGUUGCAGUUCUGUUGCCGUGAAUUGAGGGCGGACGCGGCGCGGGGACCUCCGCUCUCUCAGGGCCGAGGGCGGGGCCGGGGCUGAGC